AUGUAUUCAGAGAGAGAAUUAUCGUGGAGUCUGUUAAAAGACACAAUUUAUCUGCUGACCAAGAACUCCGAUGAAAUUUCACCCUCAUUCAAAAGGGAUUUAUCUACGACGAGUUUAGAAGAGAUCAUGGAAGACAUCUGGAACUUGAAACUUUUUAAUGAAUUAAUUAACCUUGAAGCAUCCGUCAGUGAAGCAAGAUCUCGCCGAUUCUCUCUGUUAUUGCUCGAGCCAGGAGAAAUAUAUUUUGAAGAUUUCAGCGUUUUCUUUCCUGUUGGACUCACAGAAGAUGAAGCUAUAAAGAGGAAACAAAGAGGUCGUUUGAAGUUAUGUUCACAUUCGAUCCUGUUUGAUCCCCUUGAUACAACUUAUCCAAUUAUGAAGUUUCCAUUUAAAGAUAUUACAUCAAUGAAUCCAUGGACCGGACCAUUAUUAUCUCGGAUUGAUUCCAAAGGCAAUGUUCUUGCAGUUGAAACAAGUUUAGUGGUAAAAAUGAAAGAAGGAAAUGUCAUAGCACCUUAUGUUUUUUUAAGGGAGAGGAAUCAAUAUCUAUUUUCUUUCAAUUUUGUGGCUUUAAGUAAUGUCAUUAGCCAAGUACAACAGUUACAUAGAGCGGCAUCAUUGCCAUUUUCAGAGCAUUCAACAAUGAUUGAAACAAUAGUGAAGGCAAGGCAAAAACAAAUUGGCUUUAACCCAACUUGGCUUGAAGAUUUGUUUGAGAAAAUCAUCUUGGAAACAACUGCUGAACGAAUUACUCCUCUUGUUUGUCAUCCCGGAAAAAUAUUAUUGACUUCUGCAAGAAUAUAUUUUCAACCAUUUAAUAAUGUAGAGCCGUUUCCUGUAAUGAAAUGCAAGCUAUGCUCGGUCAGAAGAGUUGUGAAAAGAAGAUACUUACUCAGACAUGUUGGUGUGGAAAUAUUUUCCGAAGAACAAUCACAUUUGCUUUUGGUGUUUCCAUCACAAGAUAAACGUAACGAAUUUUACGAUUUUCUUCUGCAGCAACCUGACUUAGAACUUCAAGACACCGGACAGGAAAACAUGACGUUAAAAUGGCAAAAUGGUGUGAUCUCUAACUUCGACUAUCUCAUGUAUUUGAAUAGUUUGGCCGAUCGUAGUUUUAACGACCUCACUCAGUAUCCAGUUUUCCCAUGGGUAAUCGCUGAUUACAAGAGUAAAGUACUUGAUUUGAAUAAUCCAAAAACGUUUCGUGAUUUUACUAAACCAAUUGGCGCGCUCAAUGAAAGUCGUUUAAAACAACUAAAGGACCGCUGUAAAGAUAUGCCGGAGCCCAAGUUCUUAUACGGCAGUCAUUAUUCUACGCCUGGUUAUGUAUUGUAUUAUUUAACACGAGUUGCACCAGAAUAUUUAUUGUGUUUACAAGGAGGAAAGUUUGAUCAACCUGACAGAUUGUUUAAUAGUGUUGCAUCAACUUGGAAAAAUGUUCUUGCUGGCCAUGCUGAUGUGAAAGAGUUGAUUCCGGAGUUUUAUCAAUCUUCUGGCGAGUUCCUUGUCAACAGACUAAAUCUUCCCCUUGGUAUGAAACAAGACAAAACAAAAGUCCACGAUGUUGAACUUCCUCCUUGGGCGAGCGGUCCAAAGGAUUUUAUCAGAAAAUGUCGCGAGGCUCUGGAAUGUCGUCAUGUAUCAGAUAAUAUCCACGACUGGAUUGAUUUGAUAUUUGGUUACAAACAGAAAGGAAAAGAGGCAUGGAAAGCCAACAAUGUUUUUUAUUACCUUACCUACGAGGGAGCUGUUGACUUAGACAGUAUUGACGAUCCUAACGAGAGAGCUUCGUUAGAAUCGCAAAUCCUAGAGUUUGGUCAAACACCGAAACAACUCUUCACCAGUCCCCAUCCCCGACGCAACGGUUCCAGAGUACCGGCCUCCAUUCCUCCAAAGGCUGAUGUUUUAAAUGGUUUAAGCAACUUGGAUUUGCGGAACUAUGAACCGUUUUUAAUGGACGAUAUUGACCUGGAAGAUACUGGGAACGAGUCAAACUUGGUUUUAGAAGAACCUCUCCAUUCACCUCACUGGGCCGUGUCAAAAUUACUUGAGCAAGAUUCUUCUCAUCGUUUGCAUAAAGAUUGUGUAACAUCAGUUCGUCUCUCGCUUGGGAAAAGUGUAUUUUCUGUAUCACAAGAUACCCAAUUAAAAAUGUUCAGUUUACACGACAAACAACAAGUUCGAAGCAUAAAUUUGUCGUCAAUGGCUCUGUCGUCGUGUGCCAUCAUGCCAGACUCGAAAACUAUCGUCGUAGGAUCAUGGGAUAACAACAUCUACAUAUAUUCCGUUGAAUACGGAAGAAUUACAGACACUGUUCGUGGUCAUGAUGAUGCUAUUUCCUGUGUAUGCUGGAAUGAUGGUAUUCUUGUCACAGCUUCGUGGGAUUCAACUGUCAAAGUUUGGAGAUUCGUUCCUGAGUUCGGUGUAAGAAAAGCUUCCUCACCAGUACUUUUGACUGAACUUGACCACGAUACGGAGGUGAAUUCUGUCGAUCUUCAUCCAACUAAUACUUUGGUAGUCACGGGAACAACAGAUGGUCACGUGUUACUGUGGAAUGUUGAUAAACGAAUCAUUGUCAACGAACAUAAAGUACAUGGAAGCUCAGUGCAUACAGUUGCAUUUAGUCCAGAUGGUCAGAGAAUCCUUUCCUGUGGUGCGGAUCAAUGUGUUCGAGUUCUUGAUGUGCAGACUGGAACUGAGUUAUACCUGAAAGAUCUACAUGAUGAAAUUAGAUGUGCUGUUUGGGAUGGUCAGUUGGUGAUGGCGGGUGGAAGCUCUGGUCAACUACAUAUCUUGAAUUUAUUAAGUGACGAAGAAGUACAAAGAAUUGAUGGACAUCAAGGUCCAAUCCGUUGCGUGGAUGUCUCGCGAGAUGGUAUGACGAUUGCAACUGGUGGUGAAGACCAUCAGGUAAUAUUGUGGAAGAUUGCUGAUUAAGUUCUGUCGAAGAGUCCACGAUUUAAUUGUUCAUCUUUGAUCAACAUUUUCCAAAUGAACAUUCUCUCUGCAUACGUUCAUUUUAUUUACAAGUACUUUGUAUAUAGUGUCGUUUUUACGUCCAAAAUACUCAAAUAAGCACCUUCAAUCCUAUGAAUGUACACCGUUCUUGAUGAUGUACUGCCACAGCGGAAUGCUGUAGUGAAGUGACCAAAGCUAUAGUUGAAAUGUGUUAAAAUUGGAAUAUAGUUUAAAUAGGAUUAUUUCAACUUCACAUGAAGAUUUGUAUUAAAUAUUAAUUUGAAUGAUAAUUGUAAAUAAUAUAUUUAGAAUGAAAAAUUAAAAAUAUUUAUUAUCUGAA